GACUUGUAGUGUUCAAGCAACUUCCAUCUCCCAACCUUGAUUACCGUAAUGCUAACUACACUAUCCUGAACACAACUCGAGCAGCCCCUGGUAGGAGAUAUUUAUUCUACGAAGUCAAAGACAUUCUUGUCCAGACGACUAAUACAGAGAGAAACUGCGCUUAGUAAAAUCAACUCAUGUACCUCAAAGACCGGCAUUUUCCGAAGAAACAUUUGAAAUGAGAGAAUGCGCUAUCUGUGGGAAGAAGUUCAAAAGAAACUUUAACCUGCAUCGUCACCAGACAUCUCGUAAUGGAGAGCAUAGGCCGUAUAAGUGCACAAUGUGUGACGCUUCUUUUAAGCGCAAUAACAACCUUCACAGACACCGCAUUGAUAAUUGCCGAAACAGGAGCAAGCAGGCUAUCCGCAGAACUCGUGAGGAAAAGGACGCCCCUUAUAAUACAGGCAUGCAGGCCAUGCCCAAAGAUGGAGAACUAAAGUCCCCAACAAUGGACGAAGAAUACCAUACUUCCAUGAAUCGGGACGACCACGCGGGGCAGGGCAAGCAACCUCCAGGAACGGGUGCUUUGAAUGAGGAACACCAGCAUGACGAACAGCACCAGCGGACCAAACAGACGGCAAACAGUGUAAUUCAAGAGAUAUUCAAGAGGCGGGACCCAGAAGUGGAUGAAGAAUACCGUACUCUCAGGAAUCAACGCUUAGAGGACCUUGAAAGGAGGUGGAACUUGCAGCAGAAUGAUAGGGCACAAGAAAUGUUCGACCUAGAGUAUCCAGCAGCGGAUGAAGAGUACCGUACUCUCAGGAAUCAACACUG